AACUGGACAGCGUCAUCGGGAACGGUUUGCUGUUUGCUUAGCUAAAUAGGUUGUUGCUCAGUUAUGAUUAUACAUCCUUUUGGCGAUUUCAGAUAGGGUGUAUUUUCGCUUCGGGACAUUGUCGAAUUAUAUUUGCAUAAAGAUAGAAGAUUUAGUCAAUUUAGCUGCCUGUCAGUAUCUGAUUAAAUUUGAUAACCUUAGCUGGAAAAGCAAUUGGUUUACCCCAAUUAAUAUGGAUCCUUUUGUGGAGCAGUUAGCGGGCCGCACGCAGGCCAGACAGGCGAGCUUGCAGCAGCGGGCUGCACAGAGGGCGAACCCGUCGGCCUGUGAAGGGAUGAGUGGGACUCCAGGAUCCCUCAAGAGACAGAGAGAGCCCCUGUCAGACAACGGGAACCUCCUGUCCUCUGCGGGUCACAUGGACAGUCUGAAGCGCCGCUGCCUGGUUCCAGUGGGAGACCAGCACCUGAACCCCUCCCUCCAGUGGGCAGAGUCUCCCCCCAAGCCACGCCCCCGCAGGGCGGAGCUGGAGGCCAAGCCGGACACCCCUGCCAUCUCCUCGGUCAAGUCCAGACUGAAGCUGUUAACUGAGAAAAAGGAGGCAGAUGGUGCUGUGCCCUCAGCAGUGGGAGUGACUCCACUGACCCAGAAAAGCCAGCCAGGGUCAGUAGGAGAGGGGGAGAACUGGGCAGAGUUUCACCUAGGCGACGCGGCGUUUCGCUCCCGAGUGGAGCGGUUUGAACUGGGGCCCCCUGCGGACAGCCCCUCCCUGUCCUCGCCCCGGCCGAACGUCCACUCCGGCUUCGCCCGCGCCAUCCAGGAGAGACUGCAGAAAGCAGAGACCCCCAGCACCAGCCGGGCCAAGCGCCUCCGCCAGGAGCGUGAGCAGGAGCUGCUUCUCCUGAGAGCCCAGCCAAUCACGAACAACGCCUGGCUGAAGACGAGCUCCGCUGAUAACUCGCUGGUUGAGGUAAGCCUGUCCAUGGGCGAAUCCUCCCCAUUGGCUCCGUGUGUCAGGAGUCGACUGCAGUGGCACCGCCUGCACCUCUGGGACACGUCCAGCUCGCAAGCGGAGGAUGGCGGUAAUGCCACGAGCUGCGACUCGCCGCCUGAGGACAGCGGCGUGGCUGUGACGCCCGCCUUCAACACCACGCCCGCCUUCACCACCACGCCCGCCUUCACCGAGGAGCCCAGCCCUCAGAGAGCACCCGCAGACGCCGAGCCCAGUCCCCCAGAGGAGCUCAGCACCUCCAGGAUGAUCGACCUGAUGUUCGAGGGAGUCCUGGACACCACCGAGGAAGUGGAGGAGGAGGAGGAGGAGGAGGAGGAGGACAGACAGGGUGAAGAGGAAGGAACGGAGGGAGAGUAUAACGCUGUCACAGAGGCUGAUGAGGAGAGGAGAGAGCAGGAUGAGAAGAAAGAACAGCAGCAGGAGGAGGGGGAAGGAGAAGGGAGCAGUGAGGAUGAGCUGUUGAGCCCCCUGCCCGGCUGCAUCCUCUCUCCCCUCAGUAAGGCCGUGGAGGCUGCGGUCACCCCUCUGAGACUACCCUCCAACCUUCAGAAUGAAGCUCAGCCCAAACUGACCCCUAAAGUGACAAGCUCCCCACCUAAAGUGACUGCACCCCUCUACAGCAUCGAUGCGUACCGCACGCAGCGGCAGCGUUCCCAGAAGCCCGCGCAGAGCCUGACCCCAGCGGGACGCGGCCUGGUGCCUGAGAGGCCCCGUCUCCACCCGCUGCCGUCCGUCAACUCCAAGGAGCGAAUCGCGGCGCUGAAUGAGGAGGCGGGCCGUCUGCAGAGCAUCAUCACUCAGACCCUGCAGGCGCUCAGCUGCUGCACAGACCCCGGCCACGGACAGGGAUCGCUGGAGGAGGCAGAGGCUGAGAAACUGCUGCUGGUGUCCUGUGAGAAGCACUCCGCCCUGUUGGGGGAGGUGUCCCGGCUGAGGGAGGAGGGAGGGACCGGAGGCUCCGCCCCACAUGACCCCACCCAGGCCCCCUGCAACGGCACGGUCACCAUCGGCAACGUCAAGCUGCCCCUCAAAAAGGAUUUUGUCAGUUCCGCCCGCUCACACUACGGCCAGCCCACUCACUACUUCUUUGUCCUGAUUCGCUACGGAGUCCACGACAUCGUGGCCACGCCCCUGGCCACAGCGGGCGACGCCCUGAACGGGGACACCAUCUCCUUCCCCACCUCCAUCACCCUACGGGAUAUUCCCUCCAACUUUGAGAUCGACGUGGAGGUCUUCAGUCUGUCCCACCGCCCGGGGAAUAACCUGAACACUGUGCGCCGCUCAACGAAGUCCAAGGUCACUCCAAAGAAGUUCCUGAACACCAUUACGAGAACCAACCACAGCCUGACAUCCGCCACCCUGUCCGCCGUGGGUCCCCGCAGGUCCAGUAACUUCACCCUGGUGGGCUGCCACAGGAUCACCCUGCAGUCCCUAGGACAGAGCAAGUUCCCCCUGGACAAGAUGAAGUUUGAGGGGAAAGUGCGGAAGCUCCUGGGAGAUGAGUUUCAGGAGAAGGUGCCCUUCCUGUCUCCUCUGGAGGGAAACAUCUUCCUGCAGCUGGACUGUGAGGGCCACUGCCACGUCCAGCACAGCGGCUUCCUGACGAUGUUUGAGAGUGUGAGCGGGUUCGGGGCGUGGCACCGCCGCUGGUUCUGCCUGGACGGCAGCAGACUGUCUUACUGGAGCUACCCUGGGGACGAGCACAGCAAGACACCAGAGGGCAGCAUCUCUCUGCUGGCUGGCAGCGACUGUGUGCAGCUGGUGAGCAGGAACUCCUGUGCCCGCCCGCACACCUUUGAGCUGGCCAGCACCGUGCAGCAGGGCAGCGACAACAUGCUGAACAAGCGCUGGUUGUCUGCUGACACGCGGGAGGAGAGGCAGCAGUGGAUGGAGAAGCUGAGCCAGGCCCUGCUGGACCUCCACACCUGGAGCUCCCCUUCCAGAACCCCCGAGGCCCACACCUACAGCAGGCAGCCCCAGGAGAGUGUGCUGUAGCCAGCUCCGACUCAUUCCUCUCCCUCAUUCCUCCCCCUCUUUCCCCAUCCUCUGCACCAGUGUGUCCCACCUUCCCAAUCCUGGGGACACUGUGCAGUGCAUUUAUACUAUAAGGGGUACUAUAGGGACAUUUUUAUUACUGGACUACUACAUUACUGCUGCAGGGCUAUACUAAUAACACUGCAGGGCUACCCUCUAUUAGCCUGCUCUACAUUACUACUAUCAGUCUACUCUACAUUAGUCUGGAAUACACUAAUAAUACUACAGUCCUAAUCUCAUACAUCCUGCAUCCCGCUACAUUCAUCUGGACGACACCAAUCUGCUAGAAUAGACUAAAGUAUGAGCAGAGGCCUGGUCUCUGUUAAAUAUUGACUAGAGUGCAUUACAGUCCGUAAUAAUGACAGUAUUUAUAUUGCACCUUUCACAGCCUCAAAGCACUUUACAGUCACAGAAGCUCAUCUCCAUGAACCACCAUUGUGAUUAAGGGCAGCCAUUUUGUGCCAAAACUCAGCAACCUUCAAUGUGUAGCCCCCUCACCAGGGUGAUUAAGGGCAGCCAUUUUGUGCCAAAACUCUUACCACAAAUCAGCUGGAUUGGAGAGGGAGGAAUGCUAAGCUAAUUAAGCGUAAUGGAUGAUUGGGUUGACUAUACUGAGUCAGACAGGACACUCUUUACAAUAAGUGCCGAUGUCCCUAGAGUCAGGACCUCGUAGCCAGUCCAUAAGACUGAAUCUACAGGCUCGCACUCAAUUAAUAUUACUGGACUACUCCAUGGUAUAUUACUAAUGUAUGGUACAUUUAUAAUUUAUAACACUGUCCAAGGAGAUCAAGGUACAUAUUCCAUCAGAUGUGGAUGAUCAUCCACACAACUUCAACUUUAGGACUGGUGUCAACUGUUAGGUUGCCCAGAAGCCCCUGGGGCUGGAGCUACCGUCCGAUUUGUUGGAGCAUGAGGGUGGUGAGACUGUAGGGUUAUAUGCUCUGGUUUCUAGGGUCUGUACAAAUAUAUUUAAUGGCAAAAGGUGUGUUUGAUGGUAAAACAAUUGCAAUAAUAAGCGUGUGUGUGCACUUGUGGCUCGUACUCCUAUACUUGCAAUGGAGUUAUAUUUACAUUUAAUGAGUGAGCUGUGACAGAAAUUACUGUUAGUUCUGUUUGCAUGUAUGGGUGGGGGGGGUUAUUAAUGUUUAAGAAUAAUCAGUUUUAGUUUGUAUUCAAGGUUUUUAGUUUUAUUUUACAAAAUCAAAUGGCAGUUCCUGCAGGUUUCUUCUCCAGUUUUGCUGCUGCACUCUCACAGAAGAGUGAGGAGGAUGAUGAAGGCGAUCAUCCGGAGAUGAAGGGUACCGUUGCACUACCCCGGGGUGUGUAACAUCGGGAGAUGAAUGACUGGUUGCUAUGGCAAUGUAGUAUUCUCCUUGGAAUUCCGCGUUUCAUUUCAGAUAUUGUGAAAUACUGAAAUACUAGUUGUGCUGUUGACCAUGCGCUGUCAAGCAUAGACAUGAACAUUCAAUGAUUUAAGUGUGUGGAGACAUUGAAUGGGAAAAUGUAUUUGUAAUUGUUGAGGAUAAUUUGUUAGCAAGCUAACAUUUAUCAUUUAUUUAAAAGCUUGCUGGAUUAACAAAAGCAAUAUUUCUUGUGUUAAUUGUUAACAAGCUAGUUACCUGUAUAAUUCAAUUCUAAUACUUUUAGGCUCAUUUUAAAUUGGUUAGAGCUUUAUUUUCAUUGUUUAGUUUGUGGCAUAUUAAAAGGUAUCAGAAUUUACUGGUUAGAUGUUAGAUUGUCAUUCAUAUAUUUAGCUUGUUAGGUAGAACUAGGUAGAUUUAGCUUGUGAUUGGCAGCUGCCGAACUGUUCUAGAAUUCCGAGGGAAAGGCUGCAUCACCAUGGAAACAUUAAAUGAUGUCAUUCCAAUCCCAUUGUCAUUCACCCCGACUGUUUUAAACAUGACGUAAUGAAGGAGUUCCGAUAGCAUUCAGGAAGGCACUGCAGUCCUAUUCCGGGCUCUGUUGGGAUCCUAUUGGCUGUAUUUCCAGCACUGCCAGGCAUCUGCUCCACCUGAGCACUUAUGCAUUGGGUCUAAUGAAUUCCUGCCGUAGUUACCCAAUGGCACAACUCCUUGCCAGCAACUUCCACAGGCCCAGGAAACCUGCAGGACUACUGCGCUGUAGAGCCGCGGCUCCCAAACUGGCAGGACCCAACGGUUGCUUCCGGAAGGGGUUGUGGGAGGUAUCUGAUACUUGUGAAGAAAAAUAACUAAUGUUAGUUAUUUAGCUGACGACUUUAACCAAUGCGACUUACAGUCGAUUAGACUAAGCUGGGGUUAAGGGCCUUGCUCAAGGGCCUUGCUCAAGGGCCCAACAGCUGUGCGGAUGUUAUCGUGGCUACACCCGGGAUCUGAACCACCAACCGUCUGCAUUCCAGUUAUCUACCUUAGCCUCUAAGCUACAGACCGCCCCAAUUUCACAUUGACAUUUAAAUACGUCAAAUUGAACACUGCGGUUAAUUUGGACGUGAAAAAAUGCUUCGCUCCAUUCAAGCAAUGUCAGGUUAGGUUUUAAUACAGUACAUACGUUUGCUCCUGAAGUGGCCCUUUGGCCCUGAAAGUUUGGGAACCGCUUCUCUACAGCUAUGAUUGCAUGUAUGUAUAUGUGUUCGCUGUUCCUAUUUACAGGCAAAUAAUUUAGGGCUAUAGCUGGCAUAUGUCGGUGUGAAGCUAAUUACACCGCUCCUGUCUGGGUCCUGCCUAUUUCUAUUUUAUAUCGACAGAAAUCUUUUAUUAUCUGUGUCUGUUUUUGGGUCUUGUGGAAGUCCAUGACGUCUGUGCAGAAGUCUGUGAACACGCAAAAUUAAAAAAAUAAACACGGCUUUGACCGGC